AGAUGUCGUAGUGCCAAAAAUGGCGGACAAUCUAGAAGAGGAUUUUCGAUCAUCGAUUAAAUUCUACUGACACGUUUGUUCAAGAACAUCAUAAUCCUUACGAUGAUACCUAGUUUUAGAAAGGAUUUUACUAAUUAUAUGUUCUCUUUCUACUAAAGGUAAAAAGUUAUAAACUUGUUUUUUUUUAUGAUUUUUUCAAAUGAAUAAUACAGGCGAUAGAUAAUACAUCGAUAGUACAUAGUAAAAUAAUAAACAAUUGUCAAACUAACCACAAUAGUUAUCAUGAAUCACUAAAGUUUCGCUCUUUAAAACUGAAAUAGUUUUUGCUUUUAAUACAUGUAUUAAAUUAUUUAUUAGUUGUGAAAAUGUUUUAACACAACUAGUUUACCGUUUCUAUAUUAUUUGGCUUUAUCAGCUGGUGGUUAUGAAAUUGAAUCAAUACGCAAACGCUUCCCAUAUUUGGACAUGCUUAAAAACAUUAUGAAUUACUUUAUAUAGCAAAUGCAUUUUGUAAUCGUGUUAUUAUAAAAAUAUUCAUCGGUCAUUUUUCUCACUAAGCGAGCACGAUGGAAGAAAUGACAGUUGCAGAAGUAAUGAAACUAUGGCAAGAGAACGACCAAAAACAACCGGAAAUGACCUCUGCUCGCCAUAACUUUAUACCCUAUACUGUGGGAACCCGAAUUUUUCAAUAUAACUCUGCUCAACCGACUUCUAAUGUUCAAGUUCUCUUCGAUCAAUUCUGCGCAGCAAAUACUUUCCAACAAAUUAUUAAAACAUUUCAACAAGUUUGUGACGAGGUGAAUUUGACACCUGGAGGUGGGAUAGCGUUUUAUAAGAAUCUAAGAAAUAGAGUUACAUCUUGGAGAGCAAAGGCACUAUGGACAAAAUUGGAUAAAAGAGCCUCUCAUCCCGACUAUAAGAAAGGACAAGCUGCUGCUAACACAACAGUUUUAAUAGUCGGUGGUGGACCUUGUGGAUUACGAACUGCAAUAGAAACCUUACUAUUGGGAGCUAAAGUUGUUGUACUAGAAAAAAGGGAUCGUUUUUCAAGAAAUAACGUUCUUCAUCUAUGGCCAUUUGUUAUUAACGAUUUAAAAGCUCUGGGCGCCAAGAAAUUUUUUGGCAAAUUCUGUGCAGGUUCUAUAGAUCACAUCAGUAUUCGGACACUGCAAUGCGUACUUCUAAAAGUUGCACUUAUUUUCGGUGUCGAAAUACAUCCGUCCGUCACCUUCAAUGAUCUUGUGGAACCUGUCAAUUCGAAAGAAGGAUGGCGUGCAGAUGUAACUCCUUCAAAUCACCACGUCACAAAAUUGCACUUUGAUGUUCUGGUUGGAGCUGAUGGAAGUCGUAAUACUGUCAAGGGGUUUGAGAAGAAGGAAUUUCGAGGUAAACUGGCCGUCGCAAUAACUGCCAAUUUUAUAAAUAGGAAUACGAGUAGUGAAGCUCAAGCGCCAGAAAUUGGUGGUGUUGCCUUCAUCUUCAAUCAAAAGUUCUUUCGUGAUUUGUAUGCAAGAAGCGGUAUUGAUUUGGAAAAUAUCGUUUACUACAAGGAUGAAACUCAUUAUUUUGUCAUGACUGCAAAAAAACACAGUCUUCUAGCAAAAGGCGUUUUAAUUCAUGACUAUGACGAUCCGGGUAAAUUAUUAUAUAAAGAAAAUGUAUGCGAGGAAGCGCUAGUUGAUUACGCUAGAGAAGCGGCGACUGUUUCAACUGAAGGUCAGCUCGAACCAUUAGAAUUUGCUCAUAACCGAUACGGAAGAGCUGAUGUUUCCAUUUUUGACUUUACUUCCAUGUAUCAAGCAGUGCAUGCCAGUAAAGUUCGCGAAAGACAAGGUCACAAAAUACUAAUGUGUUUGGUUGGUGAUAGUUUACUAGAACCCUUCUGGCCAACCGGAAGCGGGUGCCCCAGAGGAUUUUUAGGUGCAAUGGAUACCGCUUGGAUGAUUAAAAAUUGGGCAUCGCAGAAAAUGACACCUUUAGAAGUAAUAGCCGAAAGGGAAAGUGUCUAUCAGUUACUCAGUCAAACAACUGCCGAAAAUUUAUUCAAAACAUACAACAAUUACUCAAUAGAUCCCAGUACAAGAUAUCCAAAUCUAGAUUUAAAUUUCUUCAAACCAAAUCAAAUUCAGCAGUACUACGAUGGUACGGAUAAAAAAUACCUCAACCAAAUCGUCAAAAUGGCUGAAGAAAAGAGUAAAUUAUAUGAAAUGGAGCAGAAAUACAAAUAUUUGCUGAUAUGGUUACAAAGGAAUGUCAAUGGCUAUAGAAGCGAUAUUUUGGUUAAAGAUCUUUUAAAUAGUUGGAAAGACGGAUUGGCUUUAAGCGCUUUUGUUCAUAAAUAUAAGCCGGAAUUAAUUAAAUUUGAAGAAUUAGGAAGAGAGAGUGUAGAACGUAACUGGGAAAUAUCAACUAAAAUUAUUGAAAAGGAAUUUGGUGUACUCUGGCCAUAUGAUGAUUGCUAUAUGCCCUCCUUGGAUGGUCAAUUCCCAAAAUAUCUAUUAGAUAUAUUUGAUGCUGUAAUGAAACAGGGCCUUCAACCAGCUAAAAUACGAAGAGCUAGCAUUGAUGGUGAGAAGAAACAUCCGUUGUCCUUUAAAAAGUUCCAAAAAAAGCGUAAUCGACGUUGUUUGUCGUUUACAAUGUGGGCAUCAUCCUUACGUUAUCGCGGAUAUUACAUUAAUAAUUCGGACUCUGAAGAGGAACCUCCCAUUCAUAAAAAGCGCCCUGCUAUCGAUAAGAAACGAACAGAAGAUUUAAAACGAUUGAGAGAUGGAGUGCCACCUGUGGGCACUAGGGGUCAAAACAAAGUUAGCGCAUUGGCUACUAAUCUUAUGCAUCAGUGGGGUUACGGUUCUGUCGACGUCGUUGAUGAAAUAACUAGCUCGGGUAAAAACGAAUUCACAGUAUCUGUUACCUCACCUGAUAUUUGUUACUUUUGCAACGAACCUGUUUACUUGGUCGAAAAAAUGAGAGCUGAAGAUGUUUACUUUCAUCGAUCGUGUUUCAAAUGCUACUAUUGCGGUUCUAGUCUUCGGGUAGGACAAUACAACUACAAGACAGUCAAUGAAAAGUUGAGGUUUUAUUGUCCCCAACACAUGAAUCUGGAGAGGGAGAUUAAACGAAAGCGUUCAAUGUCGGAAAUAGCAUCCCCUCAGAGGAGCUCAAAUUCUGAUCUUGCGGAAAGAGUUGAAUAUGAUUUGGAAUCAGAAUGUGAAGAAAGUGAAUGGGACCAGGUUUCUCAUAAUCUCUCACUUGUUCCCGAUGCCGAUGUCGACUUGGAAGAUUUUGAAUCAGAUGACGAUGACGAUGAUGACGGAGUAAUUGAAUAUGAUUCUGAUAUUGAAAAAUUUUUAAGUUCCAUUGAAGAUGAUCAAAUACUGUCGGUGGAUCCAUUGAGAAGUGGAGAUAUUGAAUUUUUAGUUGACAUUAAAUGUAGAAGGAAGAAUAAAAAAGCCAAAGAAAUUAUUUCGGAGUCAGAUUCAUCUGGAACAGAAAAAGUGGAAACAGAUUCAGAUGAAGAUAAAACCUCCGGAACUCCGUCACCAAAUGUCGAAACGACAGACACGACUCCUAUAAAAAGAGAAUCUCUUGUUUCCUCAACAUUUAAAAGUAGCAGAAUGGCUUUCUUUAAUACAGCUCCUGUCCCUGUUCAAAUUGAUCAUGGUUCUCUGGCAAGUCGUUUAAAUUUACCUAAGCUUUCUAUAGAAAUUGAAAGAGAGAGACAAAAAAGAUUGGAAGAGGAACGUCUAAGAAGGGAGGAAGAAGCAAGACUGAGGAAGGAGGAGGAGGAAAGAUUGAGGAAGGAGGAGGAAGAAAGAUUGAGGAUGGAGGAGGAAGAAAGAUUGAGGAGGGAAGAAGAAGAAAGAUUGAGACACGAAGAAGAAAACAGACUUAAAAGGGCGAAAGAAGAACAGUUAAGGAUAGAAUCGGAAGAACGGUUGAAAAGAGAAGAAGCAGAUAGAUUGACGAGAGAAGAAGAAGAACGAUCAAUUAGAGAAAAAGAAGAAGAACUUUUUAGAAUUGAAAGAGAACAAUUAGAGCAAUUGAAAGAGGACGAACAGUUAAUAAUGGAGGAAGAGGAACAAAUGAGAAUUGAGGAGGAAAAAGAGAUAAAGGAAAGUAGAGAAUUGCUUCUUCAAGAAAAUACGGAUGAAGAGUAUCAGGGAAAUAAUACUUUAGACGAUACCUUGAAAGUAGUUGAGAAAAAUGCAGUAUCUACAUCUGAAGUAGAAAAAUUAAGAAAAAUAGAAAGGUUGAUAGAUAGUACAUAUCAAAAUGGAUCAGAAUCCUCCUCAACUGAUUCAAGAACACCACCCGACAAGACAAGUGAAGCAGAUAUGAUUAAGCUAUUAAUUAAUUCUCAGUCCACUAAAUUGCCUAAUCUAUCAUCAAAUUCGUGCGAGGACUCUGAAGAUAAGAUUUCCUCAACCAGUGGAAGCCUAAAUGACUCAGAAGAAAUGCAUUCCAGUGCCAUAACAAUUAAGGGCGUUACUUUGGACAGUACAUCCGAUAAUAUGGCAGAAAAUGAAACAACAAUCAGAAAUUCAAUCUCCUCAAAUGAUGAGUUUGAAAAUACAUUGGAUGAUGCUUCUGAUAUAUCACGAUCUCGAGAAACGGUCUCAACAACAUCUCCUCUACCUUCUUCAGGUGACGAAUCUGCUAUUAGUUCAGUUGAUAGAAAAAAGUGUCAUUUGGCUAAUUUCUCGGAGUUCAGUAGUCUUAGUUCUCUUGAUUCUGGUACUCCUGCAAGAACACCUUCAACUCCAGGGAAACGUAUGUUUGUUGAGAUUCCAAACUCAUCGAAACCAUCUCCUUGGCAUAGUAAAGCCAUAAAGAAUCAACUAGAAAAUGAUAUAAAGAAAGCAAAUUCAAGAUCUCGAAGUGUUGAUUAUUCAGCUAUAAUGAAAAAAUCUGAAAAAAUUCUCCCAAAAAGCCUGUCUAUUCAAGAAAUAACAUCAAAAGAUGAAGAUUCCGCAGAAAUUCCCCUAUUCAGUCCAAUCGUGAAAAAAAUGACCCCAUCCUACAUAAAAGACGAAGACGGAGAUAGAAAUAACAAUGGAAAUGACCUUGUUGCAGUUCUUGUAGAUGAAGGCACAUCCUCAGAGAGAACGAUUCUCAUAGAUGACUCUAAGGUUACUAAAACUAGGGGCAGAACCCCAAGACGUCACACAACAGAACCAAAGUUUUUAAGCAGCGAUAGUUGUAAGAAACAAUUAAUGGAAUUUGACAAAAAACAAGCGAAAGAAUUUGAAAAUCCUGUUGAAAAAGUUGAACCUGUGGUUGUCGAGAUAACAGAACUACGGUUCAUAAAGCAAAACGAAGCAACUAAGUUUAUACCAUCCAAGAAAGUUGAGAGAGCCGAGUUCGUGCCUCAAAAACGUGAAGCACAAAGGCGGCCUAUUACCAUCGAAAAUGUUAGGGUUUUAUUAGACAAUACUAGACCGAAAAAUAUCUUUCGAGAGGCGACAAUUAAGGAUGAUAAAAAGUCAAACCGUGAGCUUUUACAUAGGACAAAGAGUGAUCAAAGUCCAAAAUUACUACUUAGGAGUCAAAGUGAAUCAUCGUCUGGAUCUGACAGAAUUAAGCUUCAAGCUGCUGAGCUAGAAAAAAAAUUCAGCUACAAAUCUCAAAUGAAGAGCUUUGGCGAAGACUAUCCCAUUAAAAAGCCAGUGAAGAAAAGCUCCAGAAUAGAGAAUUUACAAAAGCAAAUUACUCAAUUAGAGCUUUCCAGUGGAGUAAAAGCAUAUAGUAAAGCCACUGAAAGAGAUGUUGUGCUUAGGGGGCGCCUACUCAAUGAUGAUAAAAGAGAUAGUCCUUCAAGAGGAUCAGAAAGCCAGUCUGAAGAUAGUGGCACUAAAGAGUUCUUUAGCGAAGAAAUCCUUCGGACUGAUAGCUCCGCAUCUAAAGCAAGCUCUGCCUCUCUGAAAAGCGAUGAAAAUGAUAAUAAGAUUAAUAAUGCUGAAAAUGCAGAAAAAACAUCCGAAAACGUUCACCACCAUCAUCCCCCUGUCGACGAAAAACGAUCUGAAAAACUUAUUAGGCAUUUAGAUGCUAAAAGGAGAUUUGUCUCACAAGAUCCGGAGCCAAUACGAAUUGAUCCAAAUGCGGUAUUCGGAUUUAGGAGUAGAAGUGAAGAUCACGAAAAACAUGAAAUUACCAUCGAAGUAAAUGGGAAUGAAAAGGACGUGCCUAUAAAUCCGGACAAGAAAAAUUUUCCAUGGACAGCAAAGAACAAAAGCUUGGAUACCUCUCUUAGUAGUGCUUCAAGCUAUGGUUCAGACCAGCCAAUUGAUACAAGCGAUCCAGAGAAACCUCCACCAAAACCUCCUCGCCGACCCAACUCAGCUGAUGAAAAGCAGAAGCGGCGAUCACUACUUGGUUUAUUUAAAAAGAACUCAGACGAAAGUUCUAGGACAAAACAAGAACGAACAAUAUCACCUGAACGAAGUAAAUUAUCAAAACUCAAGCGACGCUCUAAAAAUGAACAAAAGAAACUCACAGAAGAAAUUCUGAAUUCGAUUCCAGCAUCUUCUUCCAUUUCCCCCCCCAUGAUUGACAGAAAAAUAUUGGAACGAUUAACAAAGAAAUCUAAUUUGACAAACGUACCGACUGCUUCCGAGGAGUGCUUAGAGUGCGGAUCUGAAGAAGAGGAAGAAGAAAAGCAAAUGACAGCUGCUGAAAAAGAAGAAAAAGUUCGAAAAAUGGAGCAGCAUUUGGGUAAACAGCAGAAGAAAUUAGAACAAAGACAACUGAGAGAAGCUCAGCAUUUGCAGAGAAAUUUACAAGAAGUAGAGGAAAUGCAGAGAAAUGUGGAAAAAAGAGGGGUUGAAGUAGAAAGUAAACUUAGAAGCAAGGAUUGCGACGUUAACGAAAGCGAGAAGCUCCUACAGGACUGGUUUAGUAUUGUUUACGAACGUAAUCAGCUUGUAAGGCUCGAAAAUGAAUUAGUUUUGAGAGCAAAAGAAUUGGAAUUGGAAGAUAGGCAGAGGAGGGUUGAAGGUCAAUUAAGAAAAGUAAUGCUUAGAACAGAGGAUAAAUCAUCAAAAGAAUAUUGUACAACUGAGAAGGAGUUAACAGAGCAAUUAGUCAAUUAUGUUCAAGAACGGUCUUUAUUGGUAGAACAUCUAGAAGAGGAACGCCAGCGAUACGAAACAGAAGAAGAAAAUUUAAAAAGUGUAAUGAGAUCAAAAGGCUAUAAACUCAUUCAAAAUCCAAUAAGACUGUCUUCUUCAUUUUAUCGCAAUCCUCUAACCUAA